UUCCUUCCUACGCGACGCAAUCGAUCUCCUCCCUCUUCCCAAAUCAACGCCGCCGUCCACCUGAAAAAAGGGAAACAUACCACGGCUGCUGCCACCACCGCCGCUCCGAUUCUAGCCUCCUCCACCACUAAUCAGCGUAUCAAUCGCCAGCUCGGCCCCCUCUCUAUCUCCUCUGCCAUUUACCCGCAGAUGCGCCGACCUUCAGUCCCCAUGGGCCGCGGCCAACCCUACCCGGGUUCGGUUCGCCGAUAUGGCGGUCUGGCGGUCAUCGGCGCCACCUCCCACAGGUCCUGCAACUGCCAGCAUGCCCAUCUGCGUGACCUCUAUUCUUGCUUGUGCUCAUCUUCAGCAACUUCGACGCCCUGGCCUCGAGUUCCUGUACCGGCUGGACGGAGGGUGUCGUCAGUAGAACCCGACAGGUCCUGGCUACUGCGGAUUGGUCGACUAAUCUUCGGCUACUACCUCGGGCGCCGCGCAGUGUGAUGAAGGCGACUUGGCCAUACCACAACUGCCAUGUGGUGACCACAUCACUUCAACUCCAACCCUGGUGGUACUGUACCUGCUGCAACCAAAGAGACCUUGAAAUAACUUUGUUUGGGUACCAAUAUGGAAAGGGAGUGUUGACUGCUGGUUUGUUUGGCAGGCCCCAGUGUUCGUCCCAUGAAGUGCUCACAGCAGCUGGCAUUUGUGAUUUGUGCAGUAUGCCCACAUGAGGUUGGAUUCGUGGUGUGGCAGCAUCGAUUCCGUGCAUCGGCUGUUGUCCCCAUCACACUGCCAUGCCAGCCGCUCAGCUAUGAUCACAAGUCUCGCUUUAUGCACAUCCUCAGGCCUGUAGCCAAGCUUCCCAGUCGCUGGAUGGCCUUCUGCUGCCGGUGCCGAACAAGCUUCUGGAUGCCCCUCGGCUACUUAUUCCCCAAACUAUCACCAAGGUUCUGCACCUUCCUGGAAUCCCUGCACAAUAGACCAGAAGUUCUACAACCACCAAUAUCUGCAAGAAUAUCACGCUUCUGCAAAUUCUGCAUUGGUUGAGCGGUUGUACCGGAGGGGGAAUAGUGCAUCGUGGCGGAGGUACCUGGAGCUGCAAAAGCAUUGUGAGUGAAUACUGCGACUUACUCAUCCCUUCGGGGCUUUUCCGUCCUUACAUCAAGAAACAAGGCCAAUGCGGGCGAGAAGGAUAAAUCUGUUGAUGAGGUACGUGCUUUGAUUCUAAAUACUUGACUGAAUUUUCUGCGGAGAAGCAUCAGCAGCCGGUCGUGGUUUCUUUAAUUGAGCAGCCAUGGUCUAAACCUCCUGAGGGUGCUGUCAAAGUUAAUUUUGGUGCAGCAUUCUAUGAUAGCGCUGGAUGGAACUGGUGCUUGGGGUUUCAUUGCUAGAACUGACCAGGGAGAAGCCAUUGGGGCUGGAGCGGGAAACUAAAGCACCUGAACAGUGCUAUCCAAGCUGAAGCCGAAUCAUGUGUUGUUGCUGUCGAAGCAACUGCUGAUCUGGGUAUACAUAAGGUCAUCUUUGAGCCUGAUUCAGCAAUCGUUGUGAGUGCCCUCAAGUCUAUGAGCUAUGAUUUUUCCAGCAUUGGCGUUCUGGUCCGAGAAGCAAGAAGCACCUGCACCGUCUCUUUUGAUUCUUUUGACUUUGUUCAUUUGCCCAUACCAUUGCUGAUUAUGGUUAUACAGUGAGCUCUGUCAGCUCUGGCUAGGUUAGAUUUACGCCCACUUUUUUUUUGAUCGAACUUAGUCGGCAGCAAUUUAGUUAAUUAUGCGCUGAUAACGGAAUCCGCUUUUCAGUGUAAAACAUAUCUUCUACGGAUAAUCGCUUUA